AAAGCGAAAGAAUAACGAACCAAGUACCACAGUUCAGCAAUGAUCGGGAAACAACUACGAUCGUCUUUUGCUUUGUUGGCUAUUGUUGCCAUGCAGGUGGCGGGCAAACCACCACCGCCACCUGAUGCACCGUGGGCCAAAUUCGUUAGUAAGCCCGCUUUCACGCGAUCUUUGGGACCUCCUCCGAUGUCUGGAAUCGGGACAAUCUCGAUCCCGUACGUUCCGAAGCCGAUGAUGUUUCCAAAAUUUGUUGACCCCAGAAUAAUGAUUAACAAAAAAGCGGACCUCCUCGCUAAUUUAUUCGGCGGACUAGGACCGGUCAUGGAACCUCCGGGAUACAUGUCAGCCCCUUCUUCAGGAUACGCUUCACCUUCAGAUUAUACUGGCAUGUACGGGUCCGACGACGUUGAUAUAAAGUAUGCUGAUUCCGUAUCCCCUGCAUCAUCUGUCAAAACUGGUGACAACAAUUUCCCGAUUUCUUACACAUCAUCAGGUUUGAGUGAAGAAUCUGGUAAUUUUGGUACGGAUGGCGCAUCGGAGGGUAAUAUAAUGAAGCGAGGUUUCUUCAGUCCGAUGGGCCCAAAAUCCUUCGGAGGACCUCUUGGUCCGAACUUUCCAAUGUCUGGACCUCUUUACGGAAGUAGCGGAUCCUUCGAGGCUUCUGCAGGAGCGAAUGGCUCGCCUUAUUAUAAACGGGGUCUUUUCGGGCCACUCGUGGUUCCGUUCAGCUCCCCAAUUUCAACUAUGAAGGAAACAGCGAUCAGCCCAAAGGAUAAAUCAGCAGAAGAUCUGAGCGCAGCUGUAAAAACCGAUUCUUCAACGGAUAAAACCGAAAAACAUUCCACGGUCCCUACGCAAGGACCGCCACCGUCCUACCCCGGAAUGCACGUUAUUCCAGAAGAAAAUGAAAUCGUUGACAAAGAAUCCACGGGGUCUGGAACGCAACCUGCAACCGCUAAGGACCUCGUCAAACGAAUGAUUACCGAACCGAGCACUGUACCCAAGGAAUAUCUUCCAGGAAUGUUCGGGCCAAUGGGGCCGAUGUUCGGACCCCCAGGAGCAUUCGCUUCUCCAGGAAUUUUUGGACCAGAAGCUUUUAUGAGCAAGAAAUCAAUGUUCCUGGAUACCUUAUUCAAGAAUUUGGCGACUACUACUCCUCCACCUGUUACUACCGAUAUCCCGAUACCAAAGAGCACGAUAGUUCCCCCUGGAUUUUGGAUUCCAGAGAGUGUCGUUCCCGAUCCAGAUGCAUACAACGCGAAAGUUGCGACAUUUCUAGAAAAAUUAUUCGAUUCAUUGAAAUUGAACGCUUCAUCUACACCCGGUGAUGGUUCCCCUCUUCAAUCACUUACUUACGCGGAAUCAAUAUCCGCGGGAUUUCCAGGAGAAAAAACAGACGUUUCACGGUCUUUGCCUUUCGGAUAUUUCGGGGGCGGCAGUUCUUCUCCGUAUCCGAACGAAGUCCCCAUCUCCACUCGGUCGCUGGCCGAUCCGGAAGCGGUGGUCGCUGCUAAAGACCAGAUCGUUAAUUCCAUCAUCGGAGAACUGGGAGUCCUCAAGGACAACAUGAUUUCGACUUUCAAUGACUUUGUUGCUUACCAAAAAAACAUUUCAACGCCGCCCCCAAGUUCUAAACCCUUCAAACCUUUCGUACCACCUUUUUGGCCUGGUGCAGCAGCAGCAGCAGCAGCCUCAGAUGUUGGAACUUUGGCUUACAAACGACGGAUGGUUAUCCUCGAUCAAGUUUUCGACAUGUUAACUGAACUGCAAACGAACGUGACAGCAGCGGUAAAUGAAGUCGUCAAAGCAAGCUUCGCCGAUUCUUCAUCGACAAAAACUGAAAUGACAACGACGCCUAUGCCAGAUGUUUCGGGCCUCAACAUUUCUGUUUUGGAUGCAAUUCAAACUAAGUUAAAUGAGCUGAAUACCAUAAGCUCUGCACAGCCGAUACCCAAAUACUCCAGAGCUAUACCUGCAUCGCCAACUUCUUUCUGGGUCGCUUAUCCUGGUGGCGAUAGUGCACGCCGAGGUCUUGCCGAAGAUCAAGAAAUUCCUCGGCAUGCCAAACAAGAUGUUGAAGAGACCCCGAAGGACAUUGAAAAUCUCUUCACUGUUGGGAAGGAUUCUCGGGCUAUUAAAAUGCAGAUGCAUCAGGGAUAUCAGAGUUUUCCUCCGGGAACCAUCGAGUCCAUCCAGGCUGGGGGAGGAUCUGUACCAGGACACGAAGGCGGUGGCGUAAAAUUACUGAUUAAAAUGCCUGCUAAAGAUACAACGAUGAGAGAUGUCUAAAAUGGGGGUACACGCGAUUACGAAGAUUAUAAAAAAUGGCAAGAUUGGUCCAAGAGCAUAGCAAUGGAAAAUCAAAAUAAUCAUCAUCGUCACAAUCACCAUUAAAAUGAGUGAUCGAAAAGAAUUAAUGCAGCAUAUUCUAGUCACACGCCAUAAAUAAGGAACAAAUGAAAAAAAAAAGAAAAAUGAAUUUAGAAAAAGUUAGUAUGUAGCAAUAGAAUCAUAAACGAGAUGUAAAAUGGAUAUAUGGCAUUCAAUAAAGAAUUCACAUACCUAUA